UUGUCCAUGGCUUCCAAAUAUUCCUUUCCUUUUAGCAAGUUCAAAUUCUUCUCAGGUUUGUUUUUUAUUCUUAUCAAUGUGGCAUCUGCCCAAUUGUCCUCUAACUUUUAUGCAACAACAUGCCCUAAAGCACUUGCCACCAUUAAAUCAGAAGUGAAGUCUGCUGUAUCGAAGGAGGCUCGCAUGGGGGCUUCCUUGCUCCGUCUUCAUUUCCACGAUUGCUUUGUCAAUGGAUGUGAUGCAUCCAUACUGUUGGAUGAUACAGCAAAUAUAAAGGGAGAAAAAAAGGCUGGUCCAAACAAACAUUCAGUGAGAGGAUAUAAAGUAAUUGAUAACGUCAAGUCUCGAUUGGAGAGAUUGUGCCCUGGUGUUGUUUCUUGUGCUGAUAUUGUCGCAGUUGCUGCUCGUGACUCCGUUGUUGCCCUUGGAGGACCUAGUUGGACAGUUCUGUUGGGUAGAAGAGAUUCAACCACUGCAAGCUUCAAGGCUGCUAAUUCCAACCUUCCCUCUCCAUUUUUGAACCUUAGUGGCCUCAUCAAAGCCUUCUCAAAAAAAGGUUUCACUGCUAAAGAAAUGGUAGCCCUCUCAGGAUCUCACACCAUCGGGAAAGCUAGGUGCGUAAGCUUCCGCCCAAGAAUCUACAGUGAGAAAACGAUUGACUCCUCCUUUGCAACCUCGCUAAAAGCAAAGUGUCCACGCAGAGGAGGAGUCAACAACCUUUCUCCUCUGGACACAAGAAGUCCAACAUUAUUCGACAAUGCAUAUUUCAAGAAUUUGAAGAGCCACAAAGGAUUAUUACACUCCGACCAACAGCUCUUCAGUGGGGGUUCGACGGACUCUCAAGUUAAUGCUUACAGCUCCAACUUGGGAUAUUUUAGGACAGAUUUUGCCAAAGCAAUGGUAAAGAUGGGAAACCUUAGCCCACCCACGGGAAAACGAGGCCAAAUCAGGAAGAAUUGUAGGAAAGUCAAUUGAGUUGUCCAUCUUUUAGUGUUGAUAUUUCCCAUUUUUCAGUUUUCAAAUGGAAUAGAUGUUGGAAUAAAUGAAAAAUUGAAUGUUGUUCAUGUAAUUUAAGGUUUUUUUUGGCCAAUUGUAAUGAAAAUCAAUGUUCGUUUCAACUUGCACUUGCUGCAAUUGAAUAAAUUUGUUUAGUUUAGCAA